GGCUCAGAAAGUAAUCUUCCACGUCAGUAGGAAGUGGUAGGGAACUACACAUACAGCUCGCCAAAGGGAGCUCCUGGGACAUGUCACAGAUGUAAUUAUCCAAACCUGGAUAUCGAAGGCCACUUCGGAGGAUAAAAGUCUCGCAAUAAGUUAUUGUCCAGUGAUCGACAUUCGUUGGGAUUCUUCUAAGACAGUUACAGACCGGAAGCAAAAAUGAUGGCUGCAGAGAACGUGUGUUACACUCUGAUCAAUGUUUCAUCUGAAUCAGAGCCUCCUUCUGAGGUCACACUUAAGGCUGAUCUAGAAAAGGGGGAGAUCAAGGCAAAGACCGAAGCGCUGAAGAAGGUCAUCAUCAUGAUCCUGAAUGGUGAGAAGUUGCCAGGACUGCUGAUGACCAUCAUCCGCUUCGUGCUGCCUCUUCAAGACCACACCAUCAAGAAGCUGCUGCUGAUUUUCUGGGAGAUUGUUCCCAAAACCACCCCAGACGGAAAGCUGCUGCAGGAGAUGAUCCUGGUCUGUGAUGCCUACAGAAAGGACUUGCAGCAUCCAAACGAGUUCAUCCGUGGCUCCACUCUGCGCUUCCUGUGCAAGCUGAAGGAGUCCGAGUUGCUGGAGCCACUCAUGCCAGCGAUCCGGGCCUGCCUGGAGCACCGCCACAGUUACGUGCGCCGCAACGCCGUCCUGGCCAUUUACACCAUCUACAGGAACUUCGAACAACUCAUCCCAGAUGCUCCAGAGUUGAUUCAUGAUUUUCUUGUCAAUGAGAAAGAUGCCAGCUGCAAGAGAAAUGCGUUCAUGAUGCUGAUUCAUGCAGAUCAGGAUCGAGCUCUGGAUUACCUCAGCACGUGUAUCGACCAGGUUCACACUUUUGGCGACAUUCUCCAGCUGGUCAUUGUGGAGCUGAUUUACAAAGUGUGCCAUGCUAACCCCUCUGAGCGUGCACGGUUUAUCCGCUGCAUCUACAACCUGCUGCAGUCCUCCAGCCCGGCUGUGAAGUAUGAGGCUGCUGGCACUCUUGUUACCCUCUCCAGUGCUCCCACAGCCGUUAAGGCUGCAGCCCAGUGCUACAUUGAUCUGAUCAUCAAGGAGAGCGACAACAAUGUGAAGCUCAUUGUUCUCGAUCGUCUGAUUGAGCUGAAGGAGCAUCCCACUCACGAGCGUGUACUCCAGGAUCUUGUGAUGGACAUCCUGCGUGUCCUCAGCACUCCUGACCUGGAAGUCAGGAAGAAGACCUUGCAGCUGGCACUGGACCUGGUUUCAUCUCGCAAUGUAGAAGAGUUGGUGAUAGUUUUGAAGAAGGAAGUGAUCAAGACAAACAAUGUAACGGAACAUGAAGACACUGAUAAGUACCGGCAGCUUCUGGUACGCACUCUCCAUUCCUGCAGUGUGCGCUUCCCUGACAUGGCGGCCAAUGUCAUACCUGUGCUGAUGGAGUUCCUCAGUGACACUAAUGAGGCAGCUGCUGCUGACGUGCUGGAGUUUGUGAGGGAGGCCAUUCAGAGGUUUGACAGCCUGAGACCCCUCAUCAUCGAGAAGAUGCUGGAAGUCUUUCACGCCAUCAAAACUGUCAAGAUCUACAGGGGAGCGUUGUGGAUCCUGGGAGAAUACUGCAGCACCAAGGAUGACAUCCAGAGUGUGAUGACAGAAGUACGCAGGUCUUUGGGAGAGAUCCCCAUCGUAGAAAAUGAGAUCAAGAGAGACUCGGGGGAGGUGAAAGCAGAUGAUGAAGUGAGCGCGGCUCCAGCCCAGAAGCUGGUGACAGAGAUGGGAACCUAUGUGACGCAGAGCGCCCUCAGCUCCAACAGGCCUUCUAAAAAAGAAGAGGAUAGACCUCCACUCAGAGGCUUCCUGAUGGACGGAGACUUCUAUGUGGCAGCUUCCCUGGCCACCACCCUGACCAAAGUUGCCCUGCGUUAUGUUGGAAUUGUUCAAGACAAAAAGAAACAAAAUUCCUUUGUGGCAGAGUCCAUGCUGAUCAUGGUCACUGUGCUGCACCUGGGCAAGUCCUCUCUGCCCAAGAAGCCCAUCACAGACGACGAUGUGGACCGCAUCUCGCUGUGCCUCAAGGUCCUGUCGGAGUGCUCGCCUCUUAUGAAUGACAUUUUCAACAAGGAGUGCCGCAGAUCCCUGUCACAUAUGCUGACCGUCAGACUGGAGGAGGAGAAGCUUUCGCAGAAGAAAGAGUCUGAGAAACGAAGCGUAACAGUGCAGGCAGACGACCCGAUCUCCUUCAUGCAGCUGACCGCCAAAAACGAGAUGACUUCUAAAGAGGACCAGUUCCAGCUCAGUCUGCUGGCUGCUAUGGGCAACACUCAGAGGAAAGAGGCUAAUGAUCCCCUGGCUUCAAAACUCAACAAGGUGACCCAGCUGACAGGGUUCUCAGACCCAGUGUAUGCUGAAGCCUAUGUUCAUGUCAACCAGUAUGACAUUGUGUUGGACGUGCUGGUGGUCAACCAAACCAAUGACACUCUCCAGAAUUGCACUCUUGAGCUGGCCACUUUAGGUGAUCUCAAGUUGGUUGAGAAGCCUUCACCUUUAACUCUGGCUCCUCACGAUUUUGCUAACAUCAAGGCUAAUGUUAAAGUGGCCUCGACUGAGAAUGGCAUCAUAUUCGGAAACAUUGGUAAGAUAAUCUUUUGGUUUAUCGUCUUAAAGGGCCCAUGUCAUGCUUUUCCAGUUAUUACCCGUCCCCUUGUGUGUUAUGAAGGGUGA